CGACGGCGGAGCGGGGACGCAGCAGGGCAGGCUGCGGUCCUCGACGCCGCGGCGCGCUCCGCGAGCUCCGGGUGCAGCGGGCGCGCUUCGGCCUCGGCCGUUUCCCGCUCUCUUCUUGCCUCGAGGCCGGCUGGAGCUCCUUCUCCUCCGAAGGUCCUGAGAGCAGAGGCGCGGCGGUGGAACCCGGGAAAGCGGCGAUGGAGCGGGGGUCACGGAGGAGGUCGCGGGGCGGCGCGCGCUCGGCGCUCAGGCCGGCCGCCGCGUCCCGGCCCGCCGCAUCCCGGCCCCCAGCGUCUCGGCCCCCCGCGUCUCGGCCCCCAGCGUCCAGCUCCGCGGAGCCGCCGGGCGCGCAGCUCUGGCUGUUCCCCAGCGCCGCGGGCCUGCGCAGCGCGCUGCCCCGGAGGACCGAGGCGACGCGCCAGAUGUGCUGCACGCGCGGGCGCCUGGCGGUGCUGGAGCGCGGCGGGGCCGGCGUCGCUGUCCACCAGCUGCCGGCGGGGAGCGACGGCGCCAGGAAGCCCAAGUGCAUUAAGUUAGGAAGAAAAAUGAAGAUCCAUUCCAUGGACCAAGGAGCAGAGCACUUGCUGGUUUUAUCCUCAGAUGGAAAACCAUUUGAGUACAACUAUAGCAUAGAACAUGCCAGGUUUCAAUGCGUUUUACAAGAAAAAAAUAUAAUUCAGAUCACAUGUGGAGAUUAUCAUUCUCUUGCACUUUCAAAAGGUGGUGAGCUUUUUGCCUGGGGACAGAACACAUACGGCCAGCUCGGAGUUGGAAGAACAUUUGCAUCAACCCCCACCCCGCAGAUUGUGGAGCACCUCUCAGGAGUCCCCUUGGUUCAGAUUUCUGCCGGAGAAGCCCACAGCAUGGCCUUAUCCAUGUCCAGAAACGUUUACUCGUGGGGAAGAAAUGAUUGCGGACAGCUAGGCCUGGGCCACACCAACAAUAAAGAUUCUCCUUCGCUUAUUGAAGCACUGGACAAUCAGGAAGUUGAAUUUCUCGCUUGUGGUGGCUCUCACACUGCGCUGCUCACAAAGGAUGGGCUGGUGUUUACUUUUGGUGCUGGAAAAUGUGGGCAACUCGGUCACAAUUCAACACAGAAUGAGUUAACACCCUGUUUGGUGACUGAGCUUGUUGGAAAGAGAGUGACCCAGAUAGCAUGUGGAAGGCGGCACACACUUGCCUAUGUUUCUGAUUUGGGGAAGGUCUUUUCUUUUGGUUCUGGAGAAGGAGGACAACUGGGGAAUGGUGCAACACAUCAUCAGCUGAUACCACUUCCCAUGAAAUUGCCAUCAAAUGAAGAACUCAAAUUUGAAAGCCACACCUCAGAAAAGGAGUUAAUAAUGAUUGCCGGAGGGAAUCAAAGCAUUUUACUCUGGAUGGAGAAAGAGAAUCCUUAUGUUAAUCUGAGGAGGAAAAUUCCUACACUGAAUGAAGGGACUGUAAAGAGAUGGAUUGCUGAUGUGGGUACUAAAAAGUGGCAAAAUACAAAAAGGGAAAUCAAAGAGAUAUUUUCAUCUCCCGCUUGUCUGACUGGAAGUUUUUUAAGAGAAAGAAUAACUGCAGAAACGAUGUCUGUUCAUUUGAACGUAAAUAAAGCAAGAGACACCUUUAAGGAGUUAACCCAAAAGGACUGGAUUACCAACAUGAUAACCACAUGUCUCAGGGAUAAUCUGAUCAAAAAUCUUCCAUUUCAUUCUCCACACCGAGAAGCUUUAGAAGUUUUUUUCCUUCUCCCAGAAUGUCCUGUGAUGCAUGAUUACAACAACUGGGAGAGCCUAGUUGUUCCAUUUGCAGAGGCAAUUUGUAAAAUGAGCAACCAAUCUCUAGGGGUUCUAGAGAAGUAUUGGGCUUCUCUGCAAGAAUCUGCUUUCAGCAAACUGGUCCAGAUGUUUAAAAGAGCCAUCGGUGCCCAGCUGCAUUAUUGGUCGGAAAGUGUGGACAGUAACUGUCACGUUAGAGCUCUCCUAGAAGUGCUGAAAAGGCUGCACCGGGUAAACCAGACUAAUUGUCAAGUGCCUGAAAAUAUUUUCGAAGUAAGCGAACUCACGCACUGGCUUGAUUUCUAUGGAGACGUGUAUAAAAGGUCUGCUUGGAAAAUGAACUCAGACACUUCAAGAGACUCUCCUGUCGUAUUCAGUCAUUUUCCAUUUAUCUUUAAUAUUCUGUCGAAAAUUAAACUACUGUAUGCAGACUCGCUUUUUAAAAUAUGGGAGAAAGAACAUAGACGCUUUAUGACACUGGAUGGAAAUGUGGACCCAGGAGAGCCUGAAUUAGCUCUGUCGUCCUCCUUUAAUCUAACGGUCAGAAGGAGUCACCUGAUUGAGGACGUCUUGAAUCACCUAAACCGAUUUGAGAAUGAAGAUCUGAGGAGGGAGUUACUGGUUUCAUUUAGUGGAGAAAUUCCACUUGACUUUGGAGGAGUGAGGGCCGAGUUUUUCCACUGUCUAUUUGAAGAGCUGACCCAGCCAGAAUAUGGGCUGUUCACAUAUCCCGAGGAGGCCUCCUACAUGUGGUUUCCUGUCAGGCCUAAAUUUGAGAAGAAGAGCUAUUUCUUCUUUGGGGUUCUCUGUGGACUUUGCCUGUUCAAUUGCAACGUUGCCAACAUCCCUUUCCCACUGGCUCUGUUUAAGAAACUUUUGGACCAGACGCCAUCAUUGGAAGACUUGAAAGAACUCAGUCCUGUUUUUGGAAGGAGUUUGCAGACACUUCUGGAUGAUGAAGGUGAAGACUUUGGAGAAGUGUUUUAUAUUCAUUUUACUGUGCAUUGGGACAGAAAUGCAGAAGAAUUAAUUCCUAAUGGAAGUGACAUAAUUGUCGACCAGACUAACAAGAGAGACUAUGUUUCUAAGUGUGUCAAUUACAUCUUCAACAUCUCUAUAAAGGCAGUUUAUGAAGAAUUUCAAAGAGGAUUUUACAAAGUGUGUGACAAGGAGAUUAUUGGAUUUUUCCAUCCUGCAGAACUCAAGGAUGUGAUUAUUGGAAAUACAGAUUAUGACUGGGAAACAUUUGAAAAGAAUGCACGUUAUGCGGGAGGAUAUGACAGUUCACAUCCCACCAUAGUGAUGUUUUGGGAGGCUUUACACAAAUUGACUUUGGAGGAAAAGAAGAAAUUCCUUGUGUUUCUUACAGGAACUGACAGACUUCAAGUGAAAGGUGUAAAGAACAUGAAAAUAACAUUUUGCUGUCCUGAAUAUUUGGAUGAAAAAGAUCCCAUAAGAGCACAGACAUGUUUUAGUUACCUCUACCUCCCUAAAUAUUCUACAAUGGAAAGAGUCGAAGAAGCACUUCAAGUAGCCAUCAACAACAACAGAGGAUUUGGCUGACCCCACUUCACACUCUUUACCCCUUUUUGGAAAUAUGAUCAAAAAUAAAAUGAAGAACUCAAAAAUUAACAUAAAAGUCUUGCUGACUGUUCGGGUGUCUCCCUGCUCUUUUAGACUCGCUGUUACUGCAGGGAGAGCUGUUAGGGUUCAGACUAGGCUGUUAAAACAAGGCGCCUC